UUCAGUUUUUCGAAUAGCAGUAGGAUCAUUAUCCCCUGUAUCUUGGACAUUAAUAUUCCCUGGAAAAUGGAGGAGAAAAUGGAGGCAGACGCACAGGACGGACAGGGGGUGGAACUGUGGUCCACAGCCAUAUUCACGAGCAGUCCUGGAUUCCUAGAGGACCCUAGGUUCUUCGCAGAUCUCGAUGCCUGGCUCAGCGAAUAUCCGUAUGUUUCCGGCUUUCACGUGCAUGGAGAUUGCGACACGCGAUUGUGGCAUGCUGUGAACACGAAGUUGACAGGACAAGAACGCACCCAGCACUUAGUCUUACCGGCAAACGUGAAGCGAUGGUUUGAUCACGUCCAGCCCUGCUCGCGACGAGGAGAGCAAGAGGAGGGAAGGAGCAUAG